UAGUGCCUAACCCUGUUCCUCGCCUAUUAUGGGUAACCGCUAACAAAGGCGCCUUUAGUGACAUGCGCUGCCGCGUCGAGCUUUCAAAACCUUGGAGCGCGCAUGGUGUGCCGUAUAUUUUGACCGUUGGUGCCCGGCUUCAGUCUUUUCUCGACUAUAGAGCAUCCUGCUUCGUGUUCCCCGCUUAGGGUUUCCCUGCCUCUGGCUCUGGCAUCGGCGGUAUGCCAGUUAUUUCCACCUGAUGCUGCUUAGUUUUCAUGCAUCGAGCGUUCGGUACAACGCCGGCUCCCCUUAUUUAUCAGCGCAAUUAUUAUGCGCUCAACAUCCGCAGGAGCUUUCCUGCAUCUGAAACGGGCUGUAGAUACUAUCGCGUUGGCAGAUUAUUUUCAGCCAUUUCGCUGAUCUUGAUCCUACCCAGGCGUUCACUCAGGAAAGUCCUGGCACGGAGACUGUCCAUGCCAUUUUGCGACAUUGCCGCGACGCGCCUGACUCUGACUGCCUCGGCAAGAAUAACAUAACACAGUUGCCAUCGACGUUACUAGCUUGCAUCUGCGCUCGUUUGCGUCGUCCCGCUUUCCGAAGACUGAAGGGGCUCUCAUAUCUGGCCCGUGGCGAAUAAGAAAUAAAUAGUCCCCAGAAGACGCGAAGGAGGGAGGGAGGGAGGGAGGGAGGGGAGGGGGAGGGGAGGGGGAGGGGGAGGGUUGAAUUGAUGUGUGGGAGAAACCGGAGGAUGCUGGACGCGCAAGUAUGGUCGACUGGGGUCACAGAAUCGGGUGCGGGUGGUGCAAAGUAGGCCAUUAGUCGGGGAGUCGCGGGCGGGAGAAGGCAGGUCAGUCGCGAAUGGGUAUCCUUCCAUGGGGUUGCCUUCUCCCACAGCCACGAACCCUCCUGGCAAUUUCCUCGGCGAUCAAGACAGCCUGACGUCAGACGACGAAGCUGCUGACGACAGCAUUAGUGGUCCUCCCACGCCGCCGUCGAUAGACGUUCCGGGCGGCGCUCCUAGAGAAGGGGAUAGUCGCAGCAGCGCAGGCACCAGCACUAGCACCAGCGCGAGCAGCGCAGCCGCCGCCGCUGCGGGAAGAAACGCUGCCGGAAAGAUCGCAGCAGCAGCAGCCGGAGCAGCCGGAGCAGCAGCAGUGGCAGCAGCAGCAGCGCCAGCAGCAGCCAUGGGUUCGACGGCGAAGGAGCUUCCGCGGGAGAUGGCGACGAAGGACUCGCUUCCGAAGCCCAUCACCACGGCGGACGACGCGAAAGAGGCGCCGCACACGGUGAUGAUUCUGAAGCGACCGUACGAGAACGUGCAGGACCAGUACAGCAUGGGCAAGGAGCUGGGGCGCGGGCAGUACGGCGUGAUCCGCGAGUGCAAGGACAAGAUGACGGGCGUCGCGUUCGCGUGCAAGUCGAUCAGCAAGACGAAGCUCAGCGGCACGCGCGAGGUGGAGGACGUGCAGCGGGAGAUUAAGGUGAUGGAGGUGCUCCGGGGGCACACGGCGGUGAUCGAGCUGCACGCCACGUACGAGGACCAGAAGCGCGUGCACCUGAUCAUGGAGCUGUGCGAGGGCGGCGAGCUGUUCGAGCGCAUCAGCCAGCGGCACCACUACCCCGAGGACGAGGCGGCGCUGCUCACGCGCACGCUCAUCUCCGUGGUGCAGCACUGCCAGGCGCACGGCCUCAUGCACCGCGAUCUCAAGCCCGAAAACAUCCUGCUGGUUAACCGCAAGUCGCACACGCAAGUCAAGGUCGUGGAUUACGGGCUCGCUGCCUUCGUCAAGCCAGGCGGCAAGCUAACCACAAUGGCGGGCAGCGCGUACUACAUAGCCCCGGAGGUGCUGAACAACAACUACGGCAUGGAGGCGGACAUGUGGAGCGUGGGGGUCAUCCUCUACAUCCUGCUGUGCGGGCUGCCGCCGUUCUGGGCGGAGAAGGAGGAGGGCAUAUUCGAGGCGAUCAAGACGGGCAAGGUGGACGUGUUCUCGGGCGGGUGGGAGAGCGUAUCCAUGGACGCCAAGGACCUCGUGCUCAGGAUGCUCACUAGAGACCCGCUCAAACGAAUCACCCCCGAGAAGGCGCUCGCGCACCGGUGGAUAAAGCAGCACUGCAGCAACGCGGCGGACCAUCUCCCAGGGCUGCCCGCGAAGCCAGUAACCGCGGACUCGCGCGCGCACCGCAAGGCGGACUCCCCGCGCAUCCCCCUGCCAGACUCUGCCGAUCGCAGGGCCAGCAGCAGCAGCAGCAGCACGCGCAACGUCGCCAGCAGCAGCGCCAGCCGCAGCGGCGGGGCGGGGGGGCACAGGUACGGAAAGGAGAGUGACUUGGCGUCGGUGCUGGCCAAUGCGGACCUGGCGGCUGUGGCGGACGCGGUGGCGGCGAUCCGGGCGAGCGGGGCGGGGGAGGAGCGUAAGGAGGAGCUGGCCGCGCUGCUGAAGCUGCAGGCGAAGCUUAAAGCCAAGGAAGGCGGGGAUGGUGGCGGUAGCGGUGGUGGUGCGGGGGCGGGGAGUAGCAGCAGGAGGCCGGAUUCCGCGUCUGCUGCGUCAUCUAGACGGAGUGCGAGGGACGUGGAGAGGGCUCUGGCGGGCGCGCUGGCUGCCAAGGGGGGUGGUGGGAGCAGCGACAGGGCGAGGAGGAGUAGCUCUAGCAGAGGCGGCGGGAGGCACAGGCGAACGGGGUCCAGGGGGACGGAUGCGGGGGAGGAUGAGGAGGAGAGAAAACGGCACAGGGACCGGGACAGGGACCGGGAUGGGGGGAAGGGCGGGAAGAAGCAGGAUGAUAGCGUGAAGGAGAUGUUUGCUGCGGCGAAAGAUGCGCUGAGGGGCAAGGAUAAAGACGGAGGGGGAGGGAAGGAGGACAAGGAGCGGUUGGCGAAGCUGCUGGCGAAAAUGGAAGAGGUGAAGGCGUGGGAGAAGGACCGGACCGGGGGGCGGCCUUCGUCGUCUGCUUCGAGAAGCAGGAGGGAUGACGGAGAUGAGAAGGGAGGGAGGGACAGAGGGAGAGGAGGAGGGGGCGAGGAUGGAGGCGCCGGGAGCCGGUUUCCGAGAGACUCGAGCACGUCUAGCAGCCGCAGCACUGAUAGGCUGUCGAGGUACCGGUCGGAUGCUGCGAGCUUGCUGGGUGCGUUAGAGGAGGAAACACACAAGGACGAUGCGUCCUCCCACAGUGGCCGGGACAGAGACAGAGACAGAGACAGGUAUCGGGACAGGGACCGCGACCGGGAGAAGGAUAGGGAUUGGGACAGGAGCAGGGAGAGGGAUCGGUACAGGGAUAGGGACAGGGACAGGGGCAGUGAGUGGGAUCGGGACCGGGAUAGGGACAGGGGGAGGGACCGGGAUUGGGACAGGGAUCGGAGCUGGGAUAGGGAUGGAGAAAGGGAUAGGGAUAGGUACAGGCGGGAUAGGGAUAGGGAUGAUGAGGUGGAGAAGGGACUUGAUGGGGUGAAGGGGAAGGAUAAGGAUGGGCUAAAGGAUAGGGGGAGUAGGGAGCGGGACCGCGAUAGGUAUAGGGACAGGGACAGGGAUUGGGACAGGGACAGGGAUGGUUAUAGGGACCGGGAUCGGGAUAGGUACCGGGAUAGAGACAGGUAUGGGUAUAAGGACGAUUAUGAUAGUGAUAAGGACAGGGAUAGCGACAGUGACAGGGACUAUGACCGGGAUAGGGACAGGUAUAGAGACCGGGACAGGUAUAGAGACCGGGACAAGGAUAGGUACAGGGACAGGGAGUGGGGCAGGGACCGGGAUAGGGAUUGGGACAGGAGGGACAGGGAUCGUGACUGGGAUCCCCGAGACAGGGACCGGUAUAGGGAUAGGGACCGGGAUUGGGACCGGGAGAGGGACAGGUAUCGCGAGAGGGACCGGGGGGAUAGGGACUGGGAUAGGGACAGAGACAGGGGGAGAUAUAGGGACAGGGAUUGGGAUAGGGAGAGGGAGAGGGAGAGGGAAGGGUAUGAUUCGGAUGAGAAGGAGUGGGACCGGAGGGAGAGUGAUAGGCCGAGGGACCGAGAGAGGGAUCUAAGGGAGAGAGGGAAGGAUGAGAAGGAGCGAGGGGGGAGAGAUAAGGUGCCGACAACGCCGGGGUCGCUGCGGAGAGGAGACAAGGCAGACAGCAGCAAGAGCAAGAAGAGCGGCGGAGGGGGCAUUAUUAGGCACAAAUCUGCGGAUAUUUCCAAGAUGCUGACCUUGGGGGAUGAUGACGAUGGGGGGGGGCGGAAGGGUAGGGGCGGGAGGGACACGGACAGCCUUGCCGGCGGGAUUGGGAAGUCGGGGGGAGGGAGGAGUAGUGGGCGUAAGAUGGAGCGGUCCGCAAGCAACCAAUCGCAGCUGUUGCUGGGCCAGCAGUCCGCAGAAGGAAGAGGGUCGGACGGAGGCAGGUCCGGCGCCGCCCGACGAGGCUUGGACCGAUCCAGGUCUCCGGACGGGAAGGUGAGGUCCGGUAAGGGUGGGGCGGAUGGGGAGGGCAGGCACGGGCGGAAGUCGUCGAUAGAUAUGGAAGAGAGGGAGCGGGAGGAGGGAAAGAGGUCACCGAGCGUGAAGGGGAAAGAUGACAAGGAGGAAGGGGCGGGAGGGAGAGGCGGUGGCAGCAGCAGUGGUAGGAGGGCGUCUAAUCGGGACUUGGUGCGUCGUAUGUCCCCGUCGUGGCGGUCGGACGAAGACUCUGUGUCAUCACCCUCUCGGCCCCCCACGGGGUCUCGUCUCAGGGGAGGCGGCAGCAGCAGGAGGCACUUGGAGAGCCCGUCAGGCUCGGGUGGGUCUGGCCGGGAACGAAGCGGAGGGGGAGGCACGGGGCGGUCGCUAAAGGUAUUGGAGGAGUCGGAUGCAGAAGGAGGGGGCUGGACUAGUGCCAAGACGGCGGGAGAGUUGCCGGGGUUAGGAAAGGAGAGGAAGGGAGGGGGGGAGAAGGAGAAGGGAGAGAGGGGGGAGGGUGAGGAGGGCGGGGAUGAGGGUAAGGGUGAGGUGGGAGGCGGGAAGGAGGGAGGGGAUGAGGAGGGUGAGGGGGGGAAGGUGACAGCGAAUGGGUUGACGGAGGAGGGGGAGGAGGGAGGGGGUGACGCGGCAGUGGCGGCUGGGGAUGGCAAGGCAGCAGAUGCAGUGGCAGAGGGGGCGAACGGGACUCAUGGAAAGGAAAAGGAUAGGGACAGGGAGAGGGAGAGGGAGAGGGAGAAAGAGCGGGCGGUAGAUGGGGACUAUCAACGGACCGACAGCCGAAGCUCUAGGACCGGAUCCUACAGUCGAGACAGGGACAGGGAUAGGGACAGGGAUAGGGACAGGGACAGGGAUAGGGACAGGGAUAGGGACAGGGACAGGGAUAGGGACAGGGACAGGGAUCGACCGCCUGCAUACAGCCGCACGGCCAGUGGUCGGGGGGGAAUCCCCAAGUCCCCCAGGCAGGGGGGAGCCGCCGCUCUUCCGCUGCGCUCCCCCAAGCGCGGGGGGAGGGAGGGGGAGGACGGGGACGACAAUGCUCUGUCGAGGAACAAGUCUGUGAGCGCGUCGUGGCUGGAGGCGGAAGAGGUGAAGCGGGGGGAGGGAGGGGGGCACGAGCGGGGAGAGAGGGACGGUGGCCGGAGGGAGCGAGGCGGCGGGAGGAGAGGGGAGGAUGGUGAGGAGUUUGGAGGGUUUGGCGGUGGGGGGAGGGAGAGAGGCGGCGGCGGCGGCGGCGGUGGGUGGGAUGAUGAUGAUCGGAGCGACAGGAGCAGGGAGAGGAACAGGGACCGGUACAGGGAGCACGAUCGCGAGAAGGAUUGGCUGCGGGAGAAGGACGGGCGGAGGGAGGGCGGGGGCACUAGCAGCAGCAGCAGCAGCAACGCGCUGAGGGGGCGCAGGCAGAAGUCCCAGGACCUGUCGCUGCUGGUGCCAGAUGUGGGCGGUGCAGGGACAGGGAAGAGAGACGGCAGGGGCAGGGGCGGUGGUGGCGGUGCAGGGGAGGAGUCGGAGCGGGACGAUGGGGAUAAGGACUGGGAGAGGGGGGCCAGGCACAAGGAGAGGGAGAGGCACCGGGAGAGGGGUGGCAGGGAUAGGGAUGGUGAUGGCGGGGAUGGGGAGAGGCGGCGGUCGGGACAUGGGAGCAGCAAGGGCAGUGGGCUUUCUAGGCAUAACUCGUCUGAUGUGUCGGCGCUCGUACCGUAGCUGCCACUCCAGCUGUGGGGGUAUCCUCGCUUCAUUUUGUUCGGCAUCAGGCAUAAGCAGUGUUGUGGUGCUCAGGCAUCAAGCAGCACCUGUACCAGCCAGCAUCAGCCACACACCUUCAGGAAUUGACGGUUGCUAACUUGCAUGGGGCCUCAAGGAGCGUGCAUUUGGGGCUGCAUGGAAUCGCGGAUUCUUCUGGGUAGUUUCCUCCGUUCUCUGCUGUAGAAGGGAUCAUCUCUCCCGCCCACGGCCCGUCUUGUUUGUUCUGGUUCUGGCCGUUCAUUCCUCGUUUCCAGACACACCUCUUGGCUUUUCCUCCCCCCCUCGCUUCCCCACACACACCUCACGCCAUUCCCCUCUUACCUCGUUGGUUUCCAUCCCACCCAUCCCAUCCUCUGUCCCUCCCCGAUGCACCUCCCUGCUUCCCCGAGGGCUACUCAUCAGACGGUUCAGUGUUCUUAUUCAGCUGCCCGAGCAAACAUCUGGUGUCCAACCAUACCUUCCUUCUCGGUAGUCUGUUGUAUCACCACCUCUCUAGGGGUAGGAAGUGAGGCUUGGCUAACUUCAACCUUAGCCUGAAUUGCGUACCUCAUUCACCAACAUUUCUGAUUUCAAUCUCAUGAAGUGAUACCUAUAGAUGACGGUCUUGCAUUGAAGCUGGAGU